AUAUGGCGUCAGUAGUACCCAUUUUAGUUCUAAAUCCAUACUGAUUAGUGUGAAAUAAACCAUGACUCUCAAAGUAGUUUGUAAUUCGUUUGUACAUAACUUUUUCGAACAGCUUCGAAAAAACAGGUCACUGCUGUGUUAUCAUCAACCAAAAGUGGGCUUAUCUAAUCUUCGUUAAGUAAAUUGACAGUUCGCAACUCGUCGUCUACGAAAUACGGCAAUGGAUGAUCAUUCACAUUACAAACAAAAAAGUGCCAACCCCCGAGAAAAUGCAAAUCCAGUUUCUAUUUUUACCUUAUUUUAUAUAAUACCAACAUUCUUCUACGGUUAUCGAAAAACUAUUAACGAAGACGACAUUUACGAAACUCUUCCGGCACAUAAGUCGUGUAACUUGGGAACUAAUGCCAUUGAAUCGUGGAAUGAGGAAGUCUGUCGCGCUACGAAACUCAAGGUCACUCCUUCUCUGCGGAAAGUCAUCAUCAAACUGCUAUUUCGCGAAUAUCUCGUAUGUUCCUGCUACGCAGUUGUCUGCGAGCUAAUCGCCAAACCAUUACAAGCUUAUUUUCUGGGAGAGCUGAUUCUAUCAUACUCGGAUAAAGCCGAACAAAAGGAAAAACCUUACGUAUAUGCGUUGGGAAUUGUUGUAUGUAUAUUUACUUUUUCAUUCCUGGUACAUCCCUUACUGCUGGAAUCGUACCAUAUAUCGCUGAAAGUGCGAGUAAUAUGCAGCAGCCUUAUCUAUCGGAAAGUACUAAGGCUAAGCAAGCGCGCCUUAGAACAAACCACGGCAGGACAGAUACUCAAUUUAAUUUCCAAUGAUGUUAAUGUUUUUGAUAAGAUUGUUUUUACCUCACAGUAUUUGUGGAUUGCACCGAUACAGACCAUUAUAGUGUUAACAUUGAUGUACAAAGAAAUUGGAGUAUCCUCGUUUCCUGGAGUCUUCUUGCUGAUCUGUUUUAUACCCCUAUAUAUUGCUUUGGGAAGAAUGACGACCAAAUAUCGUUUAAAAUCUUCCGUAGAGAGAGACCAUCGAUUACGUUUUAUGAAUGAAGCCAUACAAGGAAUUAAUGUGAUCAAGAUGUACGCUUGGGAAGGUGCUUUUUCGAAAAUUGUAAUAGGCAUUCGAAAGUUGGAAAUUUAUUUUAUCAAAUUAGGUCUUUAUAUUAGAACCGUAUACCUAGCAUACGGUUUGUUCACCACAAUUGCCAUAUUUGCAAGCAUUACGUCGGUGGUGCUGCUAGAUCAAAGCUUAGAUGCCAAAACAGUAUUUAUGACAAUGUCGCUACUAUAUUUGUCUAGUGGAACGUUAAAUUUUAUAUUACCACAAGGACUGAUAUUUUUAAGUGAAAUUGUCGUCUCAAUAAAUCGUAUAACACAGUUUUUGUUGUGCGAUGAAACGACCACAGUCGCCAUUUCGCCACGGACUGAUCUAGCUAUAAGUAUUAGGAACGGUUCUUCCGCACAAAGCAUUCUAUCGAAUCUGAACCUUGAAAUUAAAUCAGGUGGAUUAACUGCCAUAAUUGGUUCAGUCGGAAGUGGAAAGACAAGCUUAUUGAACCUAAUUCUGGGAGAAAUUCCGUUGUCAACUGGAGAGAUACAACUGACCGGUAAUGUUAGUUUCGCACCACAAGAACCUUGGAUCUUUUCAGCGACAAUACGUCAAAAUGUUUUGUUUGGAGCGGAAUGGUGUGAAACUCGUUAUAAGGACGUUAUCCGAUGUUGCGCUUUAGAAAGAGAUCUCAAGCUAUUCCCUUAUGGGGACCAAACUAUAGUAGGAGAAAAAGGCACAUCUUUAAGUGGGGGCCAAAAAGCUCGAAUAAGUUUGGCUCGAACUGUGUAUCGAGACACAGACGUUUAUUUGCUUGACGACCCUCUUUCGGCAGUCGACGCCCAAGUUGGUCAGCACAUCUUUGGGAAGUGCAUCAAAACGUUUUUAAAAGGAAAGACAAUCGUGUUAGUUACCCAUCAGUUGCACUACCUAAAACGCGUUGAAGAUAUCGUGGUUUUAGACAAAGGUCAAAUAAUUGCGAAGGGGACGCGAAGUAUGCUAGAGAAGUCAGGUUUUGACUUUUCUCAGUAUUUACAACAAAAUACAGAGGGUGAUGGAGAGUAUUUCAAAAGCGAAGACUUCCACGCUACUAUCAUUCAAAAAACAGCAAUGAAAACUGGAUCCACUGCUGGACAAACCACUGGUACGAAAUUUAUUUCAGCGGAGACGUACAGGGAUUACUUCUGUGCCUCUAAAAGUCACACAGUUCUAAUAAUGGCAGUUCUCUCCUUUAUAUUAACUCAAUUCACGAUCAGCGGCUCUAACUACUUUUUAGCGUAUUGGGUAAAUAUGGAAAACGAGAAUUCGAAAAAUAAAGACACGCGUCUCGUUUACAUCUGCACGUAUGCCACCAUUGUCAUGGCUUGUUUGCUAUGUACGAUAGCACGAUCUGUCUACUUCGUCAAACUGGUAACGACAUCAUCAAAGGUGCUUCAUAAUAAAAUGUUUGCAAAUGUAGUAAACGCAACCAUUAGAUUCUUCGGCACAAAUUCGUCAGGGAUAAUCCUAAAUCGGUUUGCAAAGGAUUUGGGAACUAUUGAUGAACUUUUGCCUAACGCUAUACUGGUCGCAGCUCGUACAACUUUAAGUAUUUUAGGGGUCUUUUGUGUCAUCUGCUUUGUCAACCCCUUGUUUCUAAUACCGACGCUAGUAAUGGUGGUGAUCCUAUUUUACAUAAGAUCGUUUUACUUAACUACCAAUUUAAACAUUUUAAGAGUUGAAGGACGAGUGCGAGGUCCCCUCUAUGGUCAUGUAAAUGCUUCUUUGCAGGGUUUGUCUACUAUAAGAGCGUUUAAAAAUCAAGAAACACUAACGAACGAGUUUUACCACCACCAAGAUACGCACAGUGCUGCGCUGGAAAUGGCUUUGGUGACUUCAAGAGCGUUUGCAUACUGGUUAGACCUGCUGUGUGCUUUAUACAUUACCUUACUUACAACGUAUUACAUCUUUUAUACAGAUGCACAUAACGGAAAUGUUGGACUGAUCAUAUCGCAGGCGCUGCAAUUAAUGGCACAAUUGCCUUGGGGGGUGCGGCAAAUCACGGACGUAGAAAACUUUAUGGUAUGUGUAGAACGCGUAUUAGAAUACGAUACUAUUGAGAAAGAACAAAGGGAAGAUACAGAAGGCAAGGAAUUUCCAUCUUCUUGGCCCACCUUUGGAAAAAUAGAGCUUAAAGGGGUGUAUUUGAAAUAUUCACACGACGAUCCCUACGCAUUAAAAAACUUAAGUUUCGUUAUUCGUCCAUUGGAAAAAGUUGGAAUUGUUGGAAGAACUGGGGCCGGUAAAUCGUCCAUAAUAGCUGCUUUGUUUCAACUUGUUGAAACAGAGGGUUCUAUUCUAAUCGAUGAAUUCGAUAUUAAAAACCUUAAACUGCACGAUUUGAGAACAAAAAUGUCGAUAAUUCCCCAGGAACCCGUCUUGUUUUCGGGAACAGUUAGAUACAACAUAGAUCCGUUUAAUGAGUAUGAUGAUAGAACAAUUUGGAAGGCACUAGAAGAAGUAAGAUUAAAAGAACUUGUCGCCGGUUUAUCCGCAGGCUUACACUUUGAAAUAUCCCCAGACACAGCGAACUUUAGCGUAGGGCAAAGGCAGCUUAUCUGUUUGGCUCGUGCAAUAGUUAGAAACAACAAAAUACUACUUUUGGAUGAGGCAACUGCUAAUGUCGACCUAAAAACUGACGAAAUUAUUCAGGAGACCAUAAGAACAAAAUUCUCAUGUUGUACAGUGAUUACAAUAGCUCAUAGACUAAACACAGUAAUAGAUUCGGAUAAAAUAUUGGUACUAGAUUCUGGGGUAGCAGUUGAGUUUGAUCAUCCGUAUGUAUUACUUCAAAAUAAAGAUGGUGCAUUUUAUAAUUUGGUGCAACAGACGGAGAAAGUAAUGGCCGACGCCUUGUUUGAUCUUGCGAGAAAGAACUACUCAAAGAGCCCUAUUAAUUCGAAUGGAGAAGGAUGACAUGUUUCACUAAUGUAAUGAGGUUGAAUGUGAAUUGAAAAAUAUAAACUGCUGAUAAACCUA